AUGACUGUUCAACUCAAAUAUCUUCUUGUUGAAAAUUUCGAAUGGCUUCUCGAUGUUGUUCAAUAUGCAUCUGAUCGAUUUAAAAAAACCGUAUUGAGUACUGUUCAAUAUGCUGAAUUUGGUAUUGCCAGUUGUCAUCGUGGUUCAAAUGAAUCAAUUUCUGUUGGCAAAAAUCUUCUACCUUUUCUUAUCACUUAUAUGCCUCAUUUAUAUAGAUUGCGUCUUUGGAGACCAGAUGAUUUUCCUUGGACAUCUAUUCGACCAGAUUUCAAAUCAAAAUAUCACUACACAGUUUUGCUUGCACAGUGGCUUGAUUCUCUAUUAACUCCUCAAUCAAUAGCUAAACAUGUUACUAUAUUUCAACAAAAUCUUUGUCAAUUAGUUGAAGAGUUAAAAGAAUUUUGUUUUCUUGAUAUUUAUGGCAAAAUUAAUUGUGAAAAAGUCGAAUCUUAUCGUUCUAUGGUUACAACGUCUUUUCCUAAUAGUCAAAUUUAUAUUGAUAUAUCAAGAUUCCGUCUUUGGAUUUAG